UAACGCAUGCGCACGACAGGCUCGGUCUCUCUGCUAGCUUCUUCGCCAUGGCGCCCAUCAAGAAGCAGACCACUGGCAAAGGCGGUAAGAAGAAGAAGCAGGUCCUGAAAUUCACUUUGGACUGCACCCACCCUGUUGAAGAUGGCAUCAUGGACGCUGCCAACUUUGAACAGUUCCUCCAGGAGCGUAUCAAGGUUAACGGCAAAGCUGGCAACCUCGGUGGAGGUGUGGUGUCCAUUGAGAGGAGCAAGAGUAAGAUUACCGUGUCCUCGGAGGUGCCCUUCUCUAAGAGGUAUCUUAAGUAUCUGACCAAGAAGUACCUGAAGAAGAAUAAUCUUCGUGACUGGUUGCGUGUGGUGGCCAACACCAAGGAGAGCUAUGAGCUGCGCUACUUCCAAAUCAACCAGGAUGAAGAGGAGGAGGAAGACGAAGAUUAAAUUCAGUCAGAUUUUGUACAUUAAAAUGUUUUCAGUCAUGACUGAUGUUUUUCCUAA